GGGAGCCGUCUCAAGUCGGAGCUGGGAGUCGUCUCAAGUCUCAGCUGGGAGUCGUCUCAAGUCUCAGCUGGGAGCCGUCUCAAGUCGGAGCUGGCAGUCGUUUCAAGUCGGAGCUGGGAGCCGUCUCAAGUCGGAGCUGGGAGUCGUCUCAAGUCGGAGCUGGGAGCCGCUGUGGGAUCAGCGCUGCGGCAGUCGCCAAGGAAGCAGCAGACGAGCAGCCGCCAUACUGCGGACCGAUCAUGGAUGUGGGCGCUUACCUGGAGCGGAUCUGCUUCGUAGGCAGCACAGCCCCCAGCGUGGCAUCGCUCCGCGCCCUCCACCGUGCCCAUGUGCUGUCCGUGCCGUUCGAGACCCUCAGCAUCCACUGUGGGGAGCCCAUAACCCUGGACCUGGAGAAGAUCUACCGCAAGAUUGUGAAGGAGCGGCGAGGAGGCUUCUGCUACGAGAACAACGGCCUCUUCUCUUGGCUGCUGCGGCAGCUGGGAUUCCAGGUGACCCUGUGUUCAGCUCGCAUGCUGAGCCCCUUCACUCACAGGUACGGGCCUCCUUUUCAACAUCUCAUGAUCCUCGUGAAACUGGGUGCAACGGACGGCCAGAAGUGUCCAUCGGCGCUUCCUUCAGGGGAGCGACAGCUCGAGAGGUUCGUGGUGGAUGUUGGCUUUGGGAACGGCAUGCGGGAGCCGCUGGAGAUGGAGAGUGGGCGGGAGAGCGAGCAGGAGUCUGGGACGUACCGGCUGCGCAGCGACUGCCCUGCCGGCUGGUGGAGCCUGGAGGAGGCCUCGGUGGAGGAGGCCUCGGUGGAGGAGGCCGGCGGUGAUGGGAUCCAAUUGAAAGAUGUAGAACUGCAGCCACCUCGUGCGGGAGAAGACGAAUGUUGGACAGUGCUUUACAAGUUCACAACAACCGCACGUGGAUUUCUGGAAUUCUCAGACAUGUGCCAGUACAACCAGACGUCACCGAGCUCCAUGCCCGCGUCUAAAUCUCUGUGCACCCUUCACACGCCUCAAGGUCGGGUCACCUACAUGGGCCGACGUCUCACCAGCACCACCGUCAAGCCGGCGCGGAACCAUCGAGUCCGCAGGAAGAGCAAAGCCGUCCGUGAGCUUUCCGAUGAAGAGAUCCCCAUCGUGUUGAGGGAUGUCUUUGGAGUCGUUCUCAAAAAUCCAUUGGUGCCAAAAGAUCGUGCCAUUGUACCUGAAGAGUGCGAUCAGUUUUAAUGUUUUAGAAUUGUAACACGGGAAGGCCAACGUGCAUCUGGUGUUACCGUGCAUCAUGCAUGCACGCACGCACGCACACAAACACGCAAACACAAAGACACUAGAUGAGCACCCACCAAGGCCUCUUUAAGCACACGUUCUAUGGAGCAUGGCGAGACCAGCAUGGUCUACAUACGGGGUGGUGGGGCUGGUUGUCGGGGUGCCAUGUAUCUCGGCCUCGCUGUGCGCUGCGUUGCACCGCUAGUCGAGUAGACAACCAUGUGUUCAAUAAACCCUCGAAGCCAGGAUGACCGUCCAACUCCGAUCGUCAUUUAUUGAUUGUAACAGGUAAGACUGGUGAGAAAACACAGAUACAGCAUCUGUUAUAAUUCGGAAACACCCACACAAUGAACACCACAGCAUCAGAACAUUGUCUCAGAUAACAAUAGAUCCUGGAAGGACCAGGCCCCCACAUUACCCCUGAACAACUAGACAAAGGCACAAGCUGGUGCGUUGCAUACAGUCAAAUAGUGUAUUCAUCCCACUGCACCCCAAAUGUACAGCAUUACACUUAACACUAAACUGUGGAUGAGAUACUUCGUCAUCACUCUCAGGAUCGCAACAUAGGCACAAGUCUGACUCGACCUACUAAAUCACAAGUAACAUCCACAAUAAGGAAAGUCACAGGCUUCGUUACUAACUAGGCCUCGUAUUUACUACAACAACUUAACGGCACCAUAAAGGCAUUUACGUUGCUAUAACGGUCAUUCCAACAUUACAACAGAAUUUCCAAUAUUAUAAGAAUAUAAACAACUUACAGAUAAUGCUUCUUAAGCUCCCACAAUGGACAAGUGCGGCUGUGGUCUCACUGAGAUGCGAUGCGUGCCGCCAUCUUGACUUAUCUGUGUAAUGGCUGACGCCCGCGUGGUACAGUGGAAAUCUAACAUCGUCACUUCCUGGUCACGUGACCAACAUUAGCAUCAAAAAACAGGAACUUCCUGUUAACGUACGCUCCCCAUCUGCCGUGAGGCAAGACACUCCCCGUCUGGUAUCUAGGAGAUACCACCAUUUAUUUCCUAUCUCAUAAACAAGUAUAUAACAACUUCAACGGGUCGACUUAUUUGUCCAUAUCUUUGCGAGAGAGAAGUAGUACUAUCUCGACUAUGGGCUUGAUGAAAGUUCUUGCGACUCCUUGCUUCGCAAUCAUAACCUCGACCUUUCGAACUUUUCCAUCGGCACUUGGAAUCGACUUGAGGAUGCGGCCCAUUGGCCACUCAUUCCGUUUGGCUUGGUUGUCCUUCAGUAGGACGAGGUCGCCUUCUUGGAUGUCUGGUCUAUUAGACUGCCACUUGUUGCGCACUUGGAGUGUCGUAAGGUACUCGUUUUUCCAGCGACGUCAGAACGUGUUCGCGAAGCUCUGCACUUGUCUCCAUUGACGUCUGUAGAGGUCUGCAGUGCUGGCCUCCUCGGUAGGUGCUGUGAGCACAUCUGUCUUUUGGGUAAGAAGUGUAGCAGGAGUCAAGAUGAAUGGUGACUCCGGGUCGGUUGAGACGGGGAUCAGGGGUCUUGAGUUAAUUAUGGCUGAGACCUCGGCCAUGAGAGUGGUCAAGACCUCGUGAGAGAGCCGUGUGGACCCGACAUCACAUAGCAUGGAGUCGAGAAUGCGUCGAGCAAUCCCGAUCAUGCGUUCCCAGGCUCCACCCAUGUGCGAAGAGUGGGGAGGAUUGAAG